GUUAAAUUUUAAACUGCCAUGCACUCCACUUCCAGUAUGCUGGGAGCGGUGAAAAUGGAAGGCCAUGAGCACACGGACUGGAGCAACUACUACGGGGAACCCGAGAGCUACUCCUCGGUGAGCAACAUGAACGCAGGGCUGGGCAUGAACAGCAUGAACACAUACAUGACUAUGUCGGCCAUGAGCACCACAGCCAACAUGACAGCUGCCACCUCCAUGAACAUGUCCUAUGCCAACACAGGCAUGAGCCCUUCUCUCACUGGCAUGUCUCCGGGCGCAGGGGCCAUGCCCGGCAUGGGCUCGGCCGGUGUGGCAGGGAUGGGCGCCCACCUGAGCCCCAGCAUGAGCCCCAUGGGGGGCCAAGCGGGCUCGAUGAACGCCCUCGCCCCCUACACCAACAUGAACUCCAUGAGCCCCAUCUAUGGGCAAUCCAACCUCAACCGCUCACGGGACCCCAAGACCUACCGGCGGAGCUACACCCACGCCAAGCCACCCUACUCCUACAUCUCCCUCAUCACCAUGGCCAUCCAGCAGUCGCCCAACAAGAUGCUGACCCUGAGCGAGAUCUACCAGUGGAUCAUGGACCUCUUCCCCUUCUACCGCCAGAACCAGCAGCGCUGGCAGAACAGCAUCCGCCACUCGCUCUCCUUCAACGAUUGCUUCCUCAAGGUGCCCCGCUCCCCGGACAAGCCAGGCAAAGGCUCCUUCUGGACUCUGCACCCCGACUCGGGCAACAUGUUCGAGAACGGCUGCUACCUGCGCCGCCAGAAGCGCUUCAAGUGCGAGAAGCAGCUGGCCGCCAAGGAGGGCAGCGGGGCGGGAGGUGGGGCGGGUGGCGGGGGCAAGAAGGGGCCUGGGCAGCCCCCCAGCCAACCCUUGGGAGAAGGCAGCUCCUCGGGGGGUUCCGAGGGCUCGGCCGGCGCCGAGUCCCCGGCCAGCUCCUCGCCGUGCCAGGACCACAAGCGUGCCCUGGCUGACUUGAAGGGCACACCGGGGCUGAGCCCAGGGGAACCCUCAGCCUCACCGGCCCAGCACCUCCUGGCCCCUCCACACGCUGGCUUGCCCCACGACGCCCACCUUAAGCCUGAGCACCACUACGCUUUCAACCACCCUUUCUCCAUCAACAACCUGAUGUCCUCUUCUGAGCAGCAGCACCACCACCCUCACCACCACCACCACCACCACCACAAAAUGGACCUGAAGGCCUACGAGCAGGUGAUGCACUACUCAGGCUACGCCUCGCCCAUGCCCGGUAGCCUGGCCAUGGGGCCCGUAACGAACAAAAACGGCUUAGAGUCCUCCCCUUUAGCCGGAGAGACUUCUUACUACCAAGGUGUGUAUUCCCGGCCCAUCAUGAACUCCUCCUAA